AAAUUGGGCCAUUCGUGUAGAGGUAUAUGUAUGUAUGCAAUUGACCUUAUCUUCUCCGCAAAGCAGAUUGCAAUUUGCAAACCCUAACCCUAAUUUUACUUCAAUUUUUCCAUCCAUUAAUUGCUAAAAAUCCCCAAAUGUUGAAGAGCUUCACCGCCUCCACAUCCAAUCCCAGACUACUAAUCCCUCGCGCCGCUCCAUUCUCCGGCGCCUCCUCAAUCCACGUAUCCGCCGCGCACUUCUCCCCAUCCGGCGGCGCGCUAAAAUUCAAUUGCCGGCGAGCCUCUGGACCGCGCCGGCGUGCUCGGCGGAGAAUUAGAGACGACGGCGGCAAGGAAGAGGAGGAAAGUGAGUACAAUGAAGAGAUAGCUUUACUGGAGGCGUAUACGCAGGCGGUCAAAGACGAGGUUCUCAUCGUCCGCGCGGCGGUGGACGAUGAAGAGGUUGAAGUCGUCGUCUUCAAGGGAUUUUCAUCGUGCCUGAGCUACGAGACGAGCUCGGAUCCGUCGCGGAGCGUGAUUCCGGCGAGGGCGGUGAUCGGCAGCGUCGACAGAGUGAAAGGACCGUUCGAUCCUUCUAAUGUUGAAUACAUUGAGAGAGGGCUCAGUUUCCAUCAAAUUAAGACCCGCCUGCAAAAUCAAAUUAGUAAAUAAAUUAAAUUAUAUAUAUAUAUGUAUUAGAAAUUGCCAUUGUUGCUUCAUUAUAAUUAAGGUGUUAACAGGGUUUGAACCGUUUAUACAAAUUUUGUUAUAAGUAGAGCUAUUAAACUAAUCAAAUUGUUAUUGAAUUUGAUUUAA